AUGGCCGAGGCUCACCAGGCGGUCGCUUUCCAGUUCACCAUCACUCCAGAGGGCUUCGAUCUUCAUCUCUCACAACAGGCCCUCAAUCAGAUCUACAUUUCGGGUCUGCGCUCGUGGAAGAAACGCAUCAGCAGAAUGAAGAAUGGUUUCCUGAAGGGCGUGUACCCCGUAGGCCCCUCCUCGUGGCUCCUUGUUGCUGUAAUGAUCCUGGCCAUCGUGUACGCCAAGUCUGACCCCUCCAUGGGCCUCAUCGCUAAGAUUCAGGAGCACCUGCCUCUAAGUCUCUCUCUGUCUGGUCGCAGCAUGUCUCUGAGUGCUAAUGGACAGACCAUGAUAUCGGCCCUGUUGUUCAGCACUCUGCUCUGGCUCUCGCUCAUCCUGGCUCUGCGUUUCUGUCUGAAGGUUCUUCUUUCUUACCAUCGCUGGAUGUUCGAGAUGCACGGCCGCAUCUCCACCACCACCAAAAUCUGGGUGACUCUGGUGAGGUUACUGUCCAGCAGAAAGCCGCUGUUGUACAGUUAUCAGAGUGCUUUACCACACCUCCCUGUUCCUCCCAUUAAAGAUACACUGAAAAGAUACCUGGAAUCAGUGCAGCCGUUACUCAGUCCUGAUAAACUGGAUCGAACGACUCGAUUGGCUGCUGAAUUUGAGAAGAAUCUGGGAAAUCGGCUGCAGAGAUACCUCAGACUGAAAGCUCUGUGGGCCACCAAUUACGUAAGUGACUGGUGGGAGGAAUAUGUUUACCUGCGAGGGAGGAAUCCCAUCAUGGUCAACAGUAACUACUAUGGAAUGGACUUCCUGUAUGUAACACCUACGGCCAACCAGGCAGCCCGAGCAGGAAACACCAUCACGGCGCUGCUGCUGUACCGCCGUAAAGUGAACCGAGAGGAGCUUAAACCUAGUCGUAUACCUGGUACUGUAAUACCGCUGUGUGCCGCUCAGUGUGAACGCAUGUUCAACACAACACGCACACCUGGAGAAGAGACGGACGUGCUGCAGCACUGGCAGGACAGUGAGUUUGUGGCGGUGUACCACAGGGGGCGCUACUUCAGGCUGUGGGUGUACUCUGCCGGGCGUCUCCUCUCGCCCCGAGAGAUCCAGUACCAGAUCCAGAGAAUCCUGGACGACCCAUCGCCUCCUCUACCGGGGGAAGAAAAACUAGGAGCGCUCACUGCUGGUAACAGGACUCCCUGGGCCCGUGUGAGGAAGCAGUACUUCAGCUCCGGGGUGAACAAGCGUUCGCUGGACUGCAUCGAGAAAGCGGCUUUUUUCGUGGCUUUAGACGACCAAGAGGAGGGCAUGAAGGGGGACGAUCCGGCGGGGAACCUGGACCGUUAUGCCAAAUCCCUUCUCCACGGCAAGUGCUACAAUCGGUGGUUUGACAAGUCGUUCUCUGUGGUGAUCUUUAAGAACGGAAAGACGGGUCUGAACGCUGAGCACUCCUGGGCUGAUGCUGCGACUGUGGCUCAUUUGUGGGAGUUCUCACUGGCCACAGAUGCCUUUCACUUGGGCUAUGACACGUACGGAAACUGCCGUGGUGAAGUGGAGCGCUCGCUGCCGCCCCCCCAACGCCUGAGCUGGGACAUAGUGCCUGAGGUGCAGACGCAGGUGGAAGAAUCUCUGCUGGUGGCUCGAGCUUUGGCCGACGACGUCGACUGCCACGUGUUUCCCUUCAGCAGUUUCGGGAAGGGUCACAUCAAGAAGCUGAAGAUCAGCCCGGAUGCUUUCAUACAGAUAGCGUUACAGCUCGCUUAUUACAGGGACCGAGGUGGCUUCUGUCUGACCUAUGAGGCGUCGAUGACCCGCCUGUUUCGAGAGGGCCGCACUGAGACCGUGCGCUCGUGCACUAACGAAAGCGCCGCCUUUGUUUUGGCUCUGGAGACUAAAGAGGAAAAUAAACAGUGCUGCCUGCUGCUCCGUAAAGCAGCUGAGAAGCACCAGAUUCUGUACCGGCUGGCUAUGACUGGAUCUGGGAUCGACCGACACCUCUUCUGCCUGUACGUGGUCUCCAAGUACCUGGGCGUGGAGUCACCGUUCCUCAACGAGGUCUUGUCUGAACCGUGGCGUCUCUCCACCUCUCAGACUCCAGUCCAACAGAUGGAGCUCUUUGACCUGGUUAAACAUCCUGAGUUCAUCUCGCUGGGCGGAGGCUUUGGACCAGUGGCUGAUGACGGAUACGGCGUGUCCUAUAUCAUCGUCGGUGAGAACAUGAUCAAUUUCCACGUGUCCUCCAAGUGCUCCUGUUCAAACACGGACUCUCACAGGUUUGGUUCUCAGAUCAGCCGCGCUUUAAAGGACCUGAUGUCUCUGUUCAGCACCGACUCCGACCAAUCAGCUGAGACGAAACAGCCAUGACCUGCGACCGGUGUGUGUGUGUGUGUGUUAUUUAACAGUGUGUACUCUGAAAGUAUUUAGAA